CAGCAGCAUCAGCAAUCACAACAACAAUCGCCUCUAUCAUCGCAACAUAUAACGCAAGGUCAACAAAUGCAAUGUGAUACAAUGGUUGCUUACGAUAAUCAAACUACGGCUCUUGAAGGACCUAUACCACUGCCGGCACCUGCCCAAAAUUAUGAUAAAGCACGUGCCGCUUCAGAUAUCGAUUUAGACUCUAUCUUAUUACACCAAUUUAGCUGUUUGGGCACACGUGAUCAUGAGGAUUUAAUUGAACAAUUCCAUAGUUUAAUGAAUAACCAAAUGAAUAAAGACGCUGGCCGGUUUUUCCUUGAGAUGAGCAACUGGAAUUUACAAACGGCUGUAGGCUGUUACUUGGACUUUUGCAAUGGCCAAACGUUACCAUCGAUGAAAAUUAUACAUCAAUCCCAACCAAAUAACCAACAAAUGGUAUGGCGUCUACAGAAUACGGGUUCGGAAACUUGGCCAAAUGGUUGCUAUUUAAUGUCAACCACUCAGAUGCGUCGAAUUGAAGUGCCAACUAUAAGACCUGGCGAAACGUGCGAAGUAGUCGCUGAUAUAUGCAGCAAUGAGCCAGUGGUUUGGCGAUUAUGUGCCCCACAUGGUGAAUACUUUGGUGACAAUUUAUGCUUGGUGCCGCCUGGUUCUUUCAAUUCACAUGAACUUAAUCAACGUUUAGCUCAACUCGCUGUAACCGAACAAAAUCCCGCCCAGUGUCCUCAAGUUCAUAUUGUGAUAGCUGAACGUAUGGAGUAGAAAUGACGUUAAACUAAAAGAAAUGCUACAAAGAGCAAAAAGAAAAAAAAAAGAGGAAUUUUUAUUGCUGUUAGUGGGCGUGGAGUGCAUGUGUUUGUAUAUGUGUGUGUGUGUGUUUUGUGUCAUCACCAUCAAUUGGUCUUUUAUUCUCUAAAUUUUCAAUCAUUUUCAUUUACAUUAUUUCCUUUUUUUCUUUUUUUAAAAUUUUUAUUGGUUUUGCGAAUUUAUUUUUCCUUAAUUUUUUUAACCAAUUAUGAAUCACCCGGUACAUAAGAUAGCUGUAUGUUUAGCAGUUCUAAUAAAGAAUUUUUAUUCAUAUGCCUAGUUAAUGUGUGCGAGUGUAUCUACCAUAAAAGCUAUAUAUAAUAACUUCUAUACAUAAAUAAAAUUUUAGUAAAAUUAUGAAA